CUGUUGCCUGGCCUGGCUUGGCUGAGGUAGGGCAGGAGAGGCUGCAGCAGUCGAGAGUGCAAUCGGUUCGUACCCAGAGCCGAGAUCAGCAGUCCGUCUCGCGAACGUGCACCCCUGUCCGUCGUCCGAGACUGCACCGAGUGUGAAUGUGUCCGAGCUGGGCUGCAGGGUGGCGGGCCGGACGCGCGACCUCGAUCCGACCUACAACAACCUCCUCCGUCGGACACCCGAAGAAGAGUAACGUGUGAGGUGUGCAGUGUGUCGUAUCUUUUGAUUGCCUCCUUGGUUCGUUAGUCGGUCGGUCGGUCGGACACACACACUUCUUCUGCCACUGGACGUGUUGAUGACGUCGUCGUGCGAAUAGCUAAUCAACCCGAGCGCCCCUGUGUCCACUCUUAUGGCCGUGGUUGGUCCCACCAGACACUCCAGGGUGUCCAUGUCCAUGCCCCUGAUGCAAGGCGCGGCCCCCGGAGGCGGCAGCGCGGCGGCCGCCGCCGCCGCUGCUGCUGCGGCCGCCUCGCAGCACCACCAGGCCAUUCUGCACGCGGCGGCCGCCGCCUCACAGACGGCCACUUACUACCACCCGCCCCACGCGGCCCUGCCGCCCACGCACCAGGCCCCGGCGCCCCCCGCUGGACAGCAGCAGCCUCAGGACGUUCAGCCUGACAGGCCCAUAGGUUACGGAGCCUUCGGGGUCGUCUGGGCUGUGACCGACCCUCGAGAUGGCCGCAGAGUCGCUCUCAAGAAACUGCCCAACGUAUUCCAGUCACUCGUGUCAUCGAAACGUGUCUUCCGAGAGCUGAAAAUGUUGUGCUUCUUCAAACACGAAAACGUUUUGUCGGCGCUGGACAUUUUGCAGCCUCCUCAUCUCGACUUCUUUCAAGAAAUAUAUGUCAUAACGGAGCUGCUGCAGAGCGACCUGCAUAAGAUCAUAGUGUCUCCCCAGCACCUCUCUGCCGAUCACAUCAAGGUUUUCCUCUACCAGAUUCUCAGAGGCCUCAAGUAUCUGCACUCCGCAAGGAUUUUACAUCGAGACAUAAAGCCGGGAAAUUUAUUAGUCAACAGUAAUUGUGUGCUCAAGAUAUGUGAUUUCGGUCUGGCGCGAGUGGAGGAGCCGGAUCGGUCGCGGCACAUGACCCAGGAGGUGGUCACCCAGUACUACAGGGCGCCCGAAAUCCUGAUGGGCGCCAGGCACUAUUCGGCCGCCGUCGACGUCUGGAGUGUCGGCUGCAUUUUCGGCGAACUCCUCGGCAGGCGCAUCCUCUUUCAGGCGCAGAGUCCCAUCCAGCAGCUUGAGUUGAUUACCGACCUGCUGGGAACGCCCGCCCUGGAUGACAUGCGCCACGCCUGCGACGGAGCGCGCGCUCACAUGCUACGGCGGCCGCAGCGUCCUCCCUCACUCACUGCCCUGUACACCCUGUCUGCACAGGCAACUCACGAAGCAGUCCACCUGCUCUGCCAGAUGCUUGUGUUUGAUCCGGACAAGCGGAUCUCGGUGGUGGACGCCCUGGCCCACCCGUAUUUGGACGAGGGCCGCCUUCGGUACCACUCGUGCAUGUGCAAGUGCUGCUACACGACCCCUGCAGGUCUGCGGCAGUACACCUCUGACUUCGAACCGGCUGCUACGAUGCCUUUCGACGACCUCUGGGAGAAGAACCUCAAGUCGGUGCAGCAGGUCAAAGAGGAAAUGCACAAAUUCAUCAGCGACCAACUGAACACGAGCAGAGUGCCGCUCUGCAUCAAUCCGCAGUCGGCAGCAUUCAAGAGUUUUGCCAGCUCGGCUGUUGCCCACCCUUGUGAACUUCCUCCAUCACCCAGAAACUGGGAGUAAUUCUGCUGAGAAACAAACUAAUGCACCAGCGGAGGAAAAGCUAAAUUUAGAGAAACAAUUAACAACCCCCUCUCAAUCGAAUCACUCACUAUCAGGAAUUGUAAUAAACUACACUAAUUGUUGCCGAUUAAACGAAUCAAUGUUAAACUAGACAAGAAGGCACAUUUUCGGUGCUGCUCGGAAUCGAAAAACUCAGAAACACUCGGUAUAUUUUCUCUAGACUACAAAAAAAAUCGAAGAAAGAAAGAAAGUUAUACAUGUUAACCAUACAAUAUCACCUAUGUGAAAAGCGAAAAAGGUAUUUCCAAGGAUCUCAAGACUCUUUAUGUUGUAAAUAAUGCUGAUUGUAAAAAUCUUGUGAGGAAAAUUAAUAACUUUGUUCAGCAAAGAUGCUUUGAGAAAUAUCUGACUAUUUGUGUGUGCGAGUGAAACAAACAAAAAAAAUUGGUGGACACGUUUGUGACUUCGGGCGUGAUGGUUUUAAUUUAUGUGAUGAUGCUAAAGAUUUUAUAUUAAUCUUACUUUCUGAAACGUGGGAGUAGUGGAGUUAUGAUCUCAAAUGACACACGACGGUUUUCACCCCUUGGCAACCGUCUUGAUAAUAACAUUUACCAACUAACUAACUAUCUUAUGUAUAAUCCGAUAAUUUAUAUAUGCGAGAGCAACUCUAACGCCAGCUAACUUGACAAAAAAAAAUCAUAGAAAUAACAACUCCUUAAUCGACGCUCACUUCUUUGAAAAUUCCAAUCAAACAGGUGCCGACAUUCGAUAAACACAAAUUAGAUAACUAGCCACGAAUUUUUCUCAAAUUACCACCGCAACACACACUGCAAACUUCAUGUAACCCGCCCAUAUUGUGGUGUUUAUUGCAUGUAAAAAUAUAUUAAACUGUACCUUUUGGGGCCUUAAAAUACUGAAGAUUAAUGUUACAUGUCCAAACACCCAAAUAAUCAGGAAACUAGUGGGAAAUUCAUCUAAUUAUCUUUCACUUAAAAAAAAAUUGAAACAGUCACUCUGCCGAGUUCAGCGGGUUUAGAAGUAAAAACAUAUCCAGCUAAGGGUAAUUGUUCGAAAAAGCGCUGAACCCAAUUAAAAUUUUCACUUUUGGGGUCCUUUUCUGUCUUAGAACAUUCACCAGAGUCACUGCCAUUGACUAUUCCAGCUUCUCCUUUUGCAUGUUCGUAAAAAGUAAUUAUUCCCAAUCGAUUCAGAAACUUCAGUGUAUAAACAAACCCUUGCACUAACUCAAGCAAUUUAUAUAUAAAUACACACACACACACAUAAAUAGCCCUUUUUUGCAACAACUAUAUAUUGUUACAUACUAGGCGUCUCUUACUUGUGUGUUAAUCAUAAAAAUAUGGAAGCAAAUUGAAAAUCUUAAAGUGGAUGUGCGUGUAUAAUUAACUUAAAUGUGGUGAAUGCAAGAAGAGGAUGAAACAAUUUACGGAGCCUAAAAAAUUUUUGGAGAAAACAAUGAACGCGCGAUUUCCUCUUUCCACCAAGAAACGCCUCCAGAACCCAAAGAGUUUUGAACCAAUUAAGAGGAUUAAUGAGAAAAUUAUUCUAUUCUGCCUGCUGCUUUUUUGAUUAUGACGAUUCUUACCACUCAGGGACAUAAUCAAUUUUCCACUUUCAUUGUACACCUUUUGACUUUGGUAAAGCAAUAGAUCUGUCGCAUUAUUCAACACACAAUCAAACCUCUAUCAGGAGUAAUUUUUAAAACAAAACCGCUAUGAUUUUUUCAGCAUCAUUCGUGGCCUUAAAAUUGUUUUACUUCUUGAGUAUUUAACAAUUAUAUAAUGAAAUCACACUCACACACAGCUUGUACAGUAGGAUAGCAAACAAACAAGGCUGAAUCUUUUCAUUUAAAGUUUUGAAGGAAAAAGUAGCUGGUUCGAAAUAAUUAAAUAAACACAUUACGUUCACCCUUUGUUUAGGUCAAGUACAUACAAAUUCCAUCCACCUUCAGUAAAAAAAAAAAUAUUAUAUAAAUUGACAAUAGAAGGGGAAUCCUGUAAAUAUUGUACAUAUUAACGACUAGUAACUUAACCCUUUGAGGAAAAAACUUAACAUUCAGAAGAGAUUUCUUUGCUGGAAGAACGGUGGCUGCGCGUGGAAUUUGGGGUGAAUUGUAAAGAGAGCAAAAAAAACUUGAUUAGCUUAUUAUUUUAUCUCUUGAGAUAAACCAGCACGUUUUCGUAAUUCAGCAUAUCUGUGUUAUUUCAUCAUUUUUAAUGUAUUCAUUGCAAUUCUGUCCAUUGUAGCGACAAAAAUGAAAUGUAUUUGCGUGUCAUGUUAGUGAUGAUCAUAUGUUGUGGUGUUGGAUUAAAAAAAAAAAGCAUUCGGCCGGUUUUCAGGCCUUGAUCGAAAACUAUGUGAAGAAAAACUUAUGAAAAAGUAACAUUAUAUCG